GUUUCAAAUUGGCCCCAGCCUGAACGCUCCGCCUGCUCUCGCCGAAGAUAUUGACUUUCCCGCAAGUUAAAGUAUUUAAAUGUAGGGGGAGACAGAUGCUGUAUGCGGACUGGAGGCAACCACAAGAAACGGGAGAAGGUUGACGGAGGUUUACUGUGUGAGCAUGGUAUAGACAGACAGGCGUGGCAUCGCCGGCGUGAGCGAAUUGAGAAAUAAAGACGUGCUGAUACGCGUGGGAUGCAUUUAACGCCUAUUUUUGCGCUAAUUCGGCGUUUUUUCCCCCAUUUGGCGAACGGGAACUGCGCAUUUUACCUACGAUGCGUAAAGAUUCGUGCGUAAAGCUAAAAUCAAAGAGUCACAUCAAGUCAAAGAGGAUUUAUUUUUACUUGAAAAACGCGAGGGUCUGACACGAAGCGGAUCUGAUGGACAGUGACAGCGAGGUCGUCACUUUGGACUGGCACCGCAGCGACUUCUGAGCUUUCCUCGGACUUUUUAAAUGUGCGAGGAUGUGCGAAACUGGAUCGUCUGCGUAAAAAGAUCUUGACCGUCUUAGAUCCCGCGAUUGUAACGGCUGUCAUCUUCUAUGUGCGACCAGGGUGGAGUAAAAGUCAGCUGAAAUCCCCAUCAGAAGCAACUUUAUUUCUGAGAGCUUCGCGCACCGAAUCAGUGGAGUAUUCAUGAAGCAAUAUUUGAACUAUUACAAGAUGAGGCUGAGAACAUCGAGGUUAGGUUAUCUGUUACUUCAGUUCACAGCGCUUUGCUUUUACGCACAGAGCUCCGUGCAGGCUCCCCCUAAUUUCAAGCACCACGUUACCGAGCAGAGCCGGGUGUCGGACCGGAUGAGCCGCAGGUUGACCCGAACCUACCAGCUGUACAGCCGCACGAGCGGAAAACACGUCCAGGUCCUGGCCAACAAGAGGGUCAACGCCAACGGAGACGACGGGGCGGUGCACGCUAAACUGGAGGUGGAGACCGACUCCUUUGGAAGCCGUGUUCGUAUUAAAGGGGUGAAGACGGGCUACUACAUAUGUAUGAACAAGAGAGGGAAGCUGAUCGGCAAGAGGAAAGGCCGAGGCAAAGACUGCAUCUUCACGGAGAUCGUCCUGGAAAACAACUACACGGCGCUGCAGAACGCGAAGUACGAGGGCUGGUACAUGGCGUUCACCCGCAAGGGCCGUCCGCGGAAGGCCUCCAAGACCAAGCAGCACCAGCGGGAGGCCCACUUCAUGAAGCGCCUGCCCAAGGGGCACUUGCUGAGCGAGAGGAGGCCGUUUGAUGUUCUCCCCCUCCCGGUCCCCGUGCACCAUUUCAGCAAGCGGACUAAACACUCACAUCAGCAGCGCUCGGGCGGCCGCUGACCACCGAGGCCACGGCGGCAGAACCGUGGAGGAACCAGCGGAGGAGAACCACUACAUUUAACUUUUACAGUCAAGUGCCCAUACACUUUGUGCCUCAUUUUGUGGACUUAUUAUAUUCGUUGUACUGGAUUAUAUGUAAACAUUGACUAUCUAAUCUGUUAGUUAUUUUCAAAUCAGACACACUUUACGAACGAUUUUGUGGGAUAAUUAAAAGACUGAAGAGUUUAACUCCAGUGACAUGGUUAGACGUUAGCCAACCCAGCAACAAAGAAUGUUCAACUGAGACAUGACACGCGUACUAUGAAGCUAGACAUGGCAGCUAUCUGUGGAUUUUUGUGUGCUUACAGCAUUUGAGUCUCACUUCACUUGCUAUCUUGGCCCCUGGGGCCAUUUUGCAGAAUUUUAACCUCUUUUUCUACCUAUAUGAAUAUAUUUUUACUGUAAAAAUGUAAAUUACAUCGAACAAUUGAAAUAUUUAUUGUAGAGUGUAUAUUAAAACCACUAAAGAACCA